AUGGAAACUAACCCUCGGCUUGGAGACCCGAGUGGAGAGGUGGUAUCCAAUGAACCUUUCCAAAUGACCGAAAGAGGAAGAAAAAGAAAAAUUUUGGAAGAUAUUAAUAAUAUUAAUCAUAAUAAUGAUGAUAUAACACCAAAAAAAAAAGAUGAAAAUUUGAUGAAAAUGGGUAUUAAUAAGACUUAUGCUGAAAUAGUCAAAAAUAAUGAAAAUAACAUUAACAAAAGUAAUACAAAAGUAAGCAAAGCGAACAUAAGAUUUUGUAAUCUGGCCAAAAAGAAACCAAUUUCUAAACCUCCUAAAAUAAUGGCCAAAUCUAAAAAGGUCAUUAACCACUUGAUUCCUGAGAAAAAGGAUAUUAUUCAUGGAAACUCUUUUAAUUUAAAUCCAAACCAAAGAUGGAUCAUCUUCCAAAAACAAUGCGGAAGAAAACAAAAAAUUUUUAGACAUGAAUUAAGAAAGUGGACACCAAUAGAAGAAAUUGAUUUCUUACUUCAUGACAAACUCAAAGAUCUUAUGAAAAUUUGGGAUAAACCUAAAGUAAAUCACAAAGAAUCAAUGAUUACUUGGAGAAAAGCCUCAAAAGAAAUCCUUAUUGCAGGAAUGAUUACUAAAAGCUAUGACUCAAGAAAAUUUGAUGACGAAGGUAAUCGAAUUGAUAAUAUCAUAAAACUACAAAAAGCAUUAAAAAGAACAACUACUUUUCAAAAAAAAGUCAGAAAUGACUUAAAAAAGAAAGGCAACAAAAAUGCUGAAUAUAGAAUCAGGCAAAUAAUCAAAAAAAAUAAGAAAAAGUUCAAAAAUAUUGAGCAAAUUCUUCAUUUUAAUGAUCAAAGAAUCACAAAACUUGGAGAAAGACUCAAAAUAACAAAUGAUAAAUAUGAAUAUCUCAGAAUUAAUAAAAUCUUUGAAAAUAAACCAUCUCUUAAAGUCCUAGAACAAAAUAAAAAAAAUAUAGUUGAAAUCUCUAAGGAAAAAAUGCAUGAAUAUCUUAAAGAAUUCUUUAAAAAAGGUAAUUGUGCUAAACCUCAAAUCCUAAAAGAGUGGAUGAACCAUAUGAAAAGUCAACAAGUUAAUGUUACUCAAAACUAUGAAUUUAAUGAAGAAUAUUUUGAUGAAAUUCUUAAAUAUUCACAAAACUGGAAAUGCCCAGGAGAAAAUGGCAUCCCAAUAUUCUUGAUCAAAAAAUUACCAUCUGCUAAAACAUUUGUAAAAAAAUGGAUGAAAGGAGUUGUUGAAAAUAGAAUUCCUAUUACUGAAUAUGACAUCAAAGGAAAUGCCUAUGCCAUUUUCAAAAAAGGUGAUAAAAAUAUUGAAAGUAACUAUAGAUUCAUCAAUGCACUAAAUAGCCAUUAUAAAUUGUUAAUGAAAUACUUAAAUAAAUGUGUACGAGAGUGGUGCAGCAAUUUAAUAUCUGAUAAUCAAUUUUCAGGAAAACAAGGUUAUGAUGGAGCUUUAGAUAUUGGUAUAACUAAUAGAAUCCUACAAGAAAUGGGACAAUUUGCACAAGGAUGGUAUGAUAUGCAAAAAGCUUAUGACAGUGUUGAUCAUUCUAGACUAAAAAUGAUCAUUAACAGUGUUAAAGAAAUACCAAAACCCAUAAGAAAUUUACUAUGUAAAUUACCUAAAAUGUAUAAAUUUUCUGUUGUAAAUUGCUCACCUAAUAGAGAUGAAAAUGGUAAAAUCAUUAAAGAAAAAAAGAAAUCGUGGAUUACAAUGAAAAGAGGAAUAUACCAAGGAUGCUCCUUAGCACCAUGGUUAUUUUGUUUAUGUCUAGCUCCAUUACAAUGGAAAAUGAAACAAAUUAUUGACCCAAUUGAUCUUUAUGGACAAAAAAAAAUAGAUAUUCUACUAUUUAUGGAUGAUAUAAAAGGUUUUGGAAAAAACAAAAACGAAUUAGAUAAAAUCACAAAUCUAAUAAUAAAUUAUGGUAAAGAAAUUGGUUUAACAAUUAAUAAAGAUAAAACAGAAUACAGUAUACCUGAUGAGGAAAAAAUAAUUCAGUACAAAUAUAUGGGAGUAUAUGAAAAUAACAAAACUGCGUGUGAUGAAAUCAAUGCUGAACAAUUAUUAAUGAAAUUAGAUGAAAAAAUGGAUAAAAUAUUCAAUUCAAAAUUAAAUGUAAAAAAUAUUAUCAAAGCAAUUAAUGGAUGUGUUAUACCAACUUGCACAUAUCUAUUUUCACAUGAAUUUAGUGAUGAGGAAAGAAUCCAACUAGCUAGAAAUGUAGAUAUUAGAAUAAGAAGCUAUAUGAAUACAAAAGGUAUGAAACUUUCUUCCAUCAGUAAUGCUAGAUGUUACUUACCAAGAAAACAACUUGGUUUAGGACUUCGUAGCACUGAAGUUGAAAUGGACAAGGACACAAUAAAAAAUUUCAUACAUAUAAUCCUUUCCCCACAUCUAAAAUUUGCAAUUAUUCAUGAUGCUAAUCAUGGAAAUAAAUGGAGAAAUAGAGCAAUGUUAGCAGCUAAUAAAUAUGGAAUUAAUUUACAAACUAAUGCUGAAAAUACAAAAAUAAUUAUUAAUAACAAAGAGUUUAGUAGCUUUAAUUUAAAAGAAGCAAAAUAUAAAAUAAAAGAAUUAAUUAAUGAAUUUUCAGAUAAAAGCUGGGAAACCCACUAUAAAAGAAAGAAAACAUUUCCAAAAAUAGCUAAUGAAAUGGAAUUAGAAUGCCCAUGGCUAACAAAUGGUAAUAUUACACCUGAAAUCUUUUACAAAGCAUCUAUGUAUCAGGAUAAUUCUUGUAUAAAAUUAAACUCUCCAGGAAAUACAGAAUCAAAAUGUUUGUACUGUUAUGGUAGAGACAACAGUAAACAUAUUAUGGCUGACUGUACCAAUGAGGAAAUGGUUAAAAAAAGGAAAACUAGACACGACAAAGUAUUAGAAUCAAUAGUUAAUUCUAUUUCUUAUGAAAAAACAAAAAAAUUCAUUAAUAUGAAAAAUUUAAGGAAAAUCCAUGAAAUUAAAGACAUUAAAGUUGCAGUGGACCAAGUAAAUUACAUAAAUGGAGAAACAAUUCACCAUUCAAGACCAGACUUAAUUAUUGAAACUAAUAACCAAUUAAUAGUAGCUGAAGUUAGUGUAGUAACUCCACUACAUCUUUUAUCUGCAAAAAAACUUAAAGAACAACGUUAUACCAUUAAUGGUGAAUCAGAAAUUUUAGUACCUUCCGAUAAUCUACAAGAAGGAUCUAAUUUCUGUUCUUAUCUCCAAAAAAAUAGUGCAAAACAAGUAAUCUUCAUACCACUUAUUAUAGGAACGCUAGGCGAACUUGAUGGUUUAAAUCAAAAAUGCUGGAACAAUUUUAUUCAAUUAUUAGGCUUAUCUCCAGAACUUAUAUGGCGAGCAAGUAAAAUCGCAACUGAACAAUCAAUUUACAUAGUGGACCAAUACAUAAAAACAAAACUCAAUAAUUAA